CAGCUGCAACUGCAAGUGAAAUCCGCUUCGCAUAUCGCCUUGCUUUCCCCGCCACCUUCUCCCCCAGUGCCCACUCGCGCUCUCGUUUCCCAAUUCCCAGGGCGAGACCUCGAGAGCCGAGACCGGGAGCUUCGCGACGAUGCGGCGGCUUCUCGCGCUGGUGGCGGCCCUGCUGGCGCUGCGGCCGGCGCUGGCCACCGACCCCUACGCCUUCUUCGACUGGGACGUCUCGUACGUCACCGCGGCGCCGCUCGGCGUCAAGCAGCAGGUGAUAGGCAUCAACGGCAAGUUCCCGGGGCCCGUCGUGAACAUCACCACCAACUGGAACGUCGUCGUCAACGUGCUCAACGACCUCGACGAGCCGCUCCUCAUCACCUGGAACGGGAUCCAGCACCGGAAGAACUGCUGGCAGGACGGGGUGCUGGGCACCAACUGCCCCAUCCCGUCCGGCUGGAACUGGACGUACGAGUUCCAGGUGAAGGACCAGAUCGGCAGCUUCUUCUACUUCCCCUCCACCGGCCUGCAGCGCGCCGCCGGGGGCUUCGGCGGCAUCGUCGUCAACAACCGCGACGUCAUCGCCGUGCCCUUCGGCCGCCCCGACGGCGACAUCACCAUCCUCAUCGGCGACUGGUACAACAAGAACCACACGGAUCUAAGGAAGAUGCUGGACAAGGGGAAGGACCUGGGGAUGCCGGACGGCGUGCUGAUAAACGGCAAGGGCCCGUACCGGUACAACGACAGCCUUGUGCCGGCCGGCAUCGAGUACGAGACCUUCAAUGUGCAUCCGGGCAGGACGUACCGCAUCCGGGUGCACAACGUGGGCACGUCGACGAGCCUCAACUUCCGGAUCCAGGGCCACAACAUGCUGCUGGUCGAGACGGAGGGCUCCUACACGACGCAGCAGAACUACACCAACCUGGACGUCCACGUCGGCCAGUCCUACUCCUUCCUCGUCACCACGGACCAGAACGCCAGCUCCGACUACUACAUCGUGGCCAGCGCCCGGCAGGUGAACGAGUCCCUGUGGCGCCGCGUCACCGGCGUCGCCGUGCUCCGCUACUCCAACUCCGGCGGCCCCGCCUCCGGCCCGCUCCCGGACCCUCCCCAGGACCGGGACGACCGGACCUUCUCCAUGAACCAGGCGCGCUCCGUCCGGUGGAACCUGAGCGCCGGCGCGGCGCGUCCCAACCCGCAGGGCUCAUUCCGGUACUCGGCCAUCAACGUGACGCAGGCGUACCUGCUGCGGAGCACGGCGCCGGUGUCGAUCGGCGGGCGGCGGCGCGCGACGCUGAACGGGCUCUCCUACGCGCCGCCGGAGACGCCGCUGCGGCUGGCGGACGCGUACGGGGUGGAGGGCGUGUACACGCUCGACUUCCCGGAGCGGCCGCCGCCGGGCGCCGCGCCACGGAUCGCGCGGUCCAUCAUCAACGGCACCUACCGCGGGUUCAUGGAGCUCAUCUUCCAGAACAACGACACCAGGAUGCAGAGCUACCACAUGGACGGAUACGCCUUCUUCGUCGUCGGGAUGGACUACGGCGAGUGGACGGAGGACAGCCGGGGCACGUACAACAAGGGCGACGGCGUGGCGCGCAGCACGAUCCAGGUGUACCCGGGCGCGUGGGCGGCGGUGCUGGUGUCCCUGGACAACGUCGGCAUCUGGAAUGUGCGGUCCGAGAACCUGGACUCGUGGUACCUGGGGCAGGAGGUCUACGUCAGGGUCGUCAACCCGGAGGACACCGGCAACAAGACCGAGAUGGCCAUCCCCGGCAACGCGCUCUACUGCGGCCAGCUCCACAAGUACCAGAAGGAGCAGACUCCGCACCACAAGAUGGGGGUGUCUGCUGCGGCGCCGCGCUCGUCGUUCGCGGCGCGCCGGCUGGUCUCGGCGGCGCUGCUCCUGGCCGGAUCCUUCGUGCUCGCGCCGUAGUGCGGGCGUGCGGCGCCGUUACUUCCGCGGAGAGGUCGCUCAGUUUAUGUAGGGUUUUUUAGGAUCAGAGGUGUAGGCCGUGCCAUUUUUUCCUGUCGAUAUGAGAAUUGCUCGUGUGCCAGUGCUGGACACUGCGCCCGAUUGAUUGUCAAUGAUUCAGUUUUUCCUCGCUAGCUUUGGGGUCUGUUAGGAAGGGUCGAAUUGUUUCGCUCUGAUUUGUUCAUUCGUUUGUCUGUUCAUCUGAAAACCGGAAUGGCGGCAUCUGUUUCUGUUCAAUGACAUGACAGCGGAAUAGCGGAUCAA